CACGGCUGCACUCAUUAUUCUUCGCCUUUUAACCCCUUCGUCGUUGUCGGCGGCGAUGUCGAAGGCAAACACCCACGUUCUCUACGAGUCAGCCUCCGGCUAUGCGAUCUUCGACGUCAAGCUCGCCGAGGAUGUCGGACUCAAGACGCAGGCCAUGCAGGAGUCUAUCGCCGACCUGGGCAAGUUUGGCAAGAUGGUCUCCUUGAAGAGCUUCGUGCCCUUCAAGAGCGCUGCGCAAGCGUUGGAGAACGCGAACGACAUCUCAGAGGGCAUCGUCAACGAGCACUUGAAGAACGUCCUCGAGAUGAACCUCGGCAAGCCGACGAAGAAGAACCCCAUCCUGCUCGCCGUCAGCGACAAAAACCUGGCAGGUGCCAUCCGCGACGCUACCGGCAUUCCAUGCCAGGUCUCCGAGCAGGGGGACGACCUCCUCCGCGGCAUCCGCUUGCACGCUGGCAAGCUCCUCAAGGGCCUUCAGCAGGACGACCUCACCAAGGCCCAGCUCGGCCUCGGGCACUCCUACUCGCGCGCCAAGCUAAAGUUCAACGUGAACCGGAUCGACAACAUGAUCAUCCAGGCGAUCGCGCUCCUCGACCAGCUCGACAAGGACGUGAACCUGUUCUCGAUGCGCGUCCGCGAGUGGUACGGCUACCACUUCCCGGAGCUCGUCCGCAUCGUGCCCGACAACUACAACUACGCGCGCGCGGCGCAGUUUAUCAAGAACAAGGAGGAGCUGACGGAGGAGUCUCUCCCCGAGCUCGCCGAGAUCCUCGACAACGAUUCCACUGCCGCGCAGAACGUUCUCGACGCCGCGCGCGGGUCCAUGGGUGCAGCACUUUCCCCCAUUGACAUGCUCAACGUCACCAUGCUCGCCACCCGCGUCGUCUCCCUCACCGACUACCGCAAGUCCCUCAUUUCCUACCUCUCCGAGAAGAUGAAUCAGGUCGCGCCGAGCUUGACCGCCCUCCUCGGCGAGCGCAUCGGCGCACGGCUCAUCAGCCACGCCGGCAGCCUGACGAACUUGAGCAAGUACCCGGCAUCGACGGUGCAGAUUUUGGGCGCGGAGAAGGCACUGUUCCGCGCGCUCAAGACGAAGGGCAACACGCCCAAGUACGGCUUGAUCUACCACUCGUCCUUCAUUGGUCGCGCCGGCCCGAAGCACAAGGGUCGCAUAUCACGAUUCCUCGCGAACAAGUGCUCUAUUGCGUCGCGUAUCGACUGCUACACCGACAACCCCACCCCCAAGUUCGGCGAGGCCCUCCGCAAUCAGGUCGAGGAGCGCCUGAACUUCUUCGCCACUGGCGAGCCUCCAACGAAGAAUGCCGAGGCGCUCCGCAAGGUGCUCGCCGAGGUCGGCAUGGACAUCGACGAGGACGAUGAGGACGACAAGGAGAACGGGGACAUGGAUGUUGAUGGCCCCGCCCUCACCACGCUCGAGGCGACGCCUUCGAAGAAGGAGUCCAAGAAGAAGAACAAGCGGAAGGCGGAUGCGAUGGACGUCGACGAGGACGACGAGCCCGCCGAGAAGAAGGUGAAGCUGUCGAAGGAGGAGAAGAAGGCGCUCAAGAAAGAGAAGAAGAAGAAGGCGAAGGAGGCCUCGGCGGGCGGGGAGGACGCAAAAGCGGACAAGAAGGAGAAGAAGGCGAAGAAGGAGAAGAAGGAGAAAAAGAAGAAAGAGGCAUGAUUGUGCCGCUUUUGGUGUGCGGCGCUGUCGGUGUGCGGCACUAUCAGUGGCCGUUGCUCUGUCUGCAGUCGCUGCGCUACUUCGCGUUGCCGCCUUCGUGCAUGCCGCUGCCCUCGCGCGACACCUGUUCCUCCCUUUUUCGCUCUGUACUCUGCUGUCGUCUCUUUCACUGUGUCCUGUCUCUGUAUCUCUGGUCCUACAUUUAUUGGCAUGUAUAUAAUGUGCUCUAGCUUGCAUUCUCGUGCCCCAUCGUGUC